CCAGAGCAAAUCCCAGUCCAGGUCCACGAAGCUACCCGUAAAUGCCACUCCGCAAACCACCAUUAGUACUACCACCAAUCACCACCACCGCCGUUAACAACCACGGCGAUAAACCAUGCUGAUCCAACUCCUCUCUAAACUAAACCAUAAACCACCCACCACCACCACCAUCCUCCUCCUCCUCCGCCGGAAAACUACCUCAGCUGAAUACGUAGCCUCGAGAAACCGAGACCCCACUUUCGAAAAACUCAUGGACAAAUACAAAAACCUCUUCAAAGUCAUCUCGAUUCAAAACCUCAUCCUCGGCACCACCACCACCACCAAGGCCACCGCCUCACCCCCCGCCGUGUCCGUCGACUUCCUCAACCGCUUAUCUCAGCGCCUCCAUCUCAACCGCGGCGCCACCCAUUUCCUCCGUAAGUACCCCCACAUCUUCCACAUUUUCCACCACCCCACCAAAUUACAACCCUUUUGUACACUCACCGAAUCCGCCCUCAAAAUCACCCAACAAGAAGCUGCAGCUAUCAAUGCUUCUUUACCACUUGUAAUCAACCGUUUAGUGCGUAUGUUGUCCAUGUCAGUGACUAAAACACUGCCCCUUAGAGCCAUUUUCAAGGUUUUUAGGGAACUUGGUUUGCCUGAUGAUUUUGAGGAUAGUGUAAUCUUGAAAAAAUCUAAUCUUUUUGCACUUGUUGAUAGUGGGAUUGAACCAAACACUCAUUUAUUGAAACUUGUUGGGGAUGUAAUACCGAAAAGUGAGUUAGUUGCAGCUGUUGAUAGUUGGAGGGUUAUGGAGUGUUGUAAAGAGGAUGUUGGGGUUGAUAGGAAUGAGAUUUUGUAUAGUUUUAAGCAUAGUUAUCCACCAGGGAUGAAGUUGAGGAGGAGUUUUAAGGCAAAGGUUAAGGAAUGGGAAAAGUUGAAGUACGUGGGGCCGUACGAGGUUGUGGAGAUUGGGGAGAAGAGAAAGAGUAAGAUUGGGACGAUGGAGAUGGAGAAAAGAGCUGUUGGGAUUGUUCAUGAGUUUUUGAGUUUGACAGUUGAGAAAAUGGUUGAGGUAGAGAAGAUUAGUCAUUUUAGGAAAUGGUUUGGGAUUGAUUUGAAUAUAAGGGACUUGUUUUUGGAUCAUCCGGGGAUAUUUUAUUUGUCUACGAAAGGGUAUAGGCAUACAGUGUUUUUGAGGGAGGCUUAUGAAAGGGGAUGCUUGAUUGAACCGAACCCGGUGUAUGAGGCUAGGAGGAAGCUUCUUGAUCUUGUUAUUUUGGGACGGCGUGGAUUGUCUAGAGGUCACUCUGAGCCAACGAGUGUGAGACAGGGUGACGAUGGUAUUGACGAGUUGAAGACUGAUUCAGAUGAAGAUUGAAUGCAGGGAUGCUUUGCAAUUGCUAAAGGCCUGAUGGAAAGGAUCAUGGAAAGUCAAGAAGCAUUGAACAAAAUGCUUAGCAGUGAAAAUGGAGGUAGGAAUAGAGAACACGAAGUGCUGGAUUGUUCAUUUACUCUGAGGGAGAUGAGUAACAUCCAUAUUAGCAGAGACCAACUUCAGAGAGUGAGAUGAAUUAUCCUCCGCAUUAGCAUAGAGGCUUGCGUUUGAGGAAAUGAGGCCGAGUUUCAAUUACUGAUUACACUGUUAUAAGGCUGCAAAAUUUGCUGCUUUAUAAUGGAUGACGUGGUAGCUGCAAGUGAAUGUUGAGUAUCACUGAUACUUUAAGAGAGUUACUCGAUUUAGAACUUGUGGUCUUUGGGUGAAGCAACACAGUCCGUAAUGCUUGCAAUGCCCUGCUUUUUGAACAAUGCACGACUGUUUUUGAUUGUUGCAAAUCUAUUUAGCCAAGCUGUUUUGGAACUUGUACAAGUUUUGUGAAGGUGGGGAAGCCAGCGAAUGGAAUCGGAGCAUUCAUUGUGUCAUCUUGGAAAAAGAAUUCCAAAUCCUGCAUGAUCUGGGACCUGGAGACAGGCCAAGUGAAAUGACGUAUCUUGCUUGCUUACUAAUUAUCUUGGUUUCUUAGGCAUUAACUGCAAGUUGUGUCGUAUAUUGCUCACAAGUUUCUGGGUCCGUGGUUUCUCCUUCUUUAUGAAUGAGUUGAGUUGUAAGCUGAUAUUAGUUGAAGAAGAAUGUAUAUUAAAUUUAUGAAAUUUGGUUUGGAAAUUGGAAUGCUGCACAUAUGGUACAGCCCAAGGAGUUACUUGAA